GAGGCGGGGCGAGCUGCGCGUCUGUCUCCGGAGCCGCGGCGGGCGCUGCGGAGCGCGUCCUUGGCGCAGCACCAUGGUCCGGCUGACUUCUGCGCUCUGCAAGGUCUACCGCGGAGGCCACUUAACCAUCCGCCUGGCCCUGGGCGGCUGCACCAACCGGCCGUUCUACCGCAUCGUGGCCGCGCACAACAAGUGCCCUCGGGACGGCCGUUUCGUGGAGCAGCUGGGCUCCUACGACCCGCUGCCCAACACCCACGGGGAGAAGCUCGUCGCCCUCAACCUGGAGCGGAUUCGGCACUGGAUCGGCUGUGGGGCGCACCUCUCCAAGCCGGUGGAGAAGCUGCUGGGUCUCUCCGGCUUUUUCCCUUUGCAUCCAAUGAUGAUCACCAAUGCAGAGAGGCUACGACGGAAACGGGCCCAGGAACUCCUUCUAGUGUCUCAGAAAACCGACACAGAGACUGGGGAAACAAAGGAGUAAUGUAUCUCAAAUGACCAUCAAUCUUACCCGUUUUUUAAAGGAGAAAAGUGUUGGGAAGUGACUGACCUCAGCAGAGCCCAGGAACAGGGCCAAGGUCCCUAAGACAUUUGUACAGAGCUUUUGAGUUUUUUUAGAUCUAGAGAUCAAUAAAUGGAGUUUUCU